AUGAAUCCAAUUCCAUUAAAGCUUCCUCUGUUUUCAUAUCCAUUGAACAGAGCUUACGAAACUCCUGGAUUAGCUACACCUCCGGUUAAUAUCGCCGGAUCUGUUCCUUUUCUCUGGGAAGAAGCUCCCGGAAAGCCUCGUUCUUCACUUAGAAAACCGUCGAGAUCGAAUCAGAUAGGAGAUAAAAGAGGAGUCGCGAGAUGUCUUGAGCUUCCUCCGAGGCUAGAAGCUUGUAAAUCGUCGAUGACGACGGCGAACGAGCCUUCUCCGACCACUGUUCUCGACGGUCCUUACGAUUUACGUUGCCGUUCACUGUCGCUUCCGAGAUCGGCGUCUGUGAUUAGGAAGUUGAGAGGAGUUCCGGCGCCGGCGCCGGCGAAGGAACAGAGAUUGUUUGGGUCUAGUAGAUGGGGUGGUAGUUUCGGGAAAUGCAAAGAGGUGUCCGAGGGUAUAUUUGACUUUUCACGUUUUAGAGACGGCGGUCGCGAUUGCCGGAGAGAUUGGGCCGGAGGAGGAGAUGACUUCGCCGGAGACGGUGGCACAAAAGUGAAACUUUUAAGGUUUAAAAGGAAAGGAAGCCUUUUUAAUCUCUCUCAUGCAACAAAGUCAGAUUUCUGGGCAAGGGUUUACGAAGGGUUUAAGCAAGUGAUUCCAUGGAGGCGUAAGCGAGAGAAUCUGGAGAGGAUUAAUUCUUCCACUAUUUAA